GAAUUAAUGAGGUUCAUGCACUGUAGCCUUGUAAUGGUUUCCUAUGCCUGACAGAUGGCGAUUGGGUAUUACAUAUCGGUCAGCUGUGAGGCUAAUUAUGGUUAAUCGGCUCCAGUUAAUACGAAGAGAAUGUUUACGUAAGUUGCAGCUCAUUUCAUAAAACUUCCGCCUAAGUCACAAGUGAAAGAUAAGCGAAAAUAAGGGUCCAUUGUACAAGCACUGACCUCUAUUAUUGAUAAGAAGAACUGCACAGCUGAAUGUAUUGAGUAAAUAGCUAAUAGAAGUUCACAGUCAUGUUCUCUGCACUAAAACGUCUUACUGGGAAGGCAGAAGGUGGCAAUAAUGUCCCCAGGCCUGGUCAUCUAUCAAUGUCACAUAGUCUACAGAGAAAGUUUGCCAAAGGAGUGCACUACAAUAUGAAGUUAAUAAUCAAAGGUGACCGAAAUGUUGGCAAAACCUGCUUAUUUCAUAGGCUACAAGGACAGAAAUUUAUUGAAGAAUACAUCCCAACAGAAGAGAUUCAGGUGGCCAGUAUCCAGUGGAGUUAUAAAGCUACUGAUGACAUAGUGAAAGUAGAAGUGUGGGAUGUUGUUGAUCGAGGUAAAAAGAAGCGAUUUGAUGGACUAAAACUUGACAACAGCCAACUUGAGGUGCCUGAAGAGCCUGCUUUAGAUGCAGAAUUUCUUGAUGUGUACAAGGGCACUAAUGGUGUCAUACUUAUGAUGGACAUUACAAAGAGUUGGACAUUUGAUUACGUGCAGCGUGAGUUACCUAAAGUACCGUCUCACAUUCCCGUAUUAGUACUUGCUAACCACUGUGACAUGGCCCAUCACAGGACAGUGACUUCUGAUCAUGUGACAUAUUUCAUUGAGAGCCAAGAGAGAGCACCAAGGUCAGCUCAAGUCCGCUAUGCGGAGUCAUCAAUGAGAAAUGGAUUUGGAUUAAAACUGUUGCACAAAUUUUUCAAUUUGCCUUUUCUGCAGUUGCAGAAAGAGACUUUGUUAGGUCAGCUUGAGACAAAUGAGCAUGAGAUUCAGCUCACAACACAAGAACUAGAUCUGUAUCAGGAUAGUGAAGAUGCUGACUAUAAUAAGUUCAUUGAUAAUCUGAUGAAUAAGCGUCGUCAGGCAGCAGACAUGACUUCCAGUGCCAUUUCAUCAAUGGCACCAGCCAACACGAGCACUUCAGCACAAGCUUCUGCUCCUACAUUCCAAAGCAACCACCAACUUUCAACACAGUCCUCGCAGACAGGAAAUAAAAAUGAUUCAUCAUAUGACCGAAGAAGUUUGUCAAUUCCUGGUCCUAUUGGUGCAGGAAACGCAAUUCCUGGGACUCACCCUACUUUAGCACUGAAAAUUGUUAGUGUUCCAGUUACUUCAGAACAAAAUAAACUUCCACAGCCUAGUGGUAAUGUUGGCAGCAGCACUGCUGUUAGUAAUUCACAGUCUCAGAGUCAUGUACCACAACAGCAAAUGACACUUUCCCAGUCAGUAGAAUCUCUGUCAUCCAGUGCAAGGCCAGAUGGAUCUUCAAUGUUCAGCUCAAAAAGCUCAGGUUUCAUGUCCAAGAUCUUCGGUAAAUCUAAGGACAGCCAAGAAGAAUUGCAGCGUGAGUUGGCACAAAUGAGGAGACAAAGCCUUGCAUCCAUUGCUACUUCUGAACCCAUAACAAGCGUGGAAGAAUUUGUACCUGAUGAAGGAAUGCUAGACAGGUCAUUCUUGGAAGAUACGAGCGUUCAGGAACGAGGCACUCCACAGAAAAUUGAAGCAGAAUCAGAUAGUGAUGCUGAAACUGGCAAUCCAUUAGUUGCUGGUUUCCAGGAUGAUCUUGACCCAGAAGAUACUUUGCCAAACACCAUCACCCAUUAUGUCAACAGUGAUCAUACUGUAGACAUACUGAAAAAAAGAGAAUCUCUAUCCAGCUUAGAAAAUGAGGUCAUAAGCGAGAAUACAAAGACUGAUGAAAAGGAAGAACUUCACUUGAAUGGUGAAGUAGGGGAUAUUACUGCAGAUGCAUUAGAUACUUGGUUAAGUACCGACAGCAAGUGGCGACAGAGUCCAGAAGGUGGUGAAGACAGUACCCAUAGCAGCAAUAUUGUGAGAAAAGUUGAAGAGGCAGAGGAAGAGGAUGAGGACAACAGUGCUAGUCUAGCAUCAUCCAGUGUGCAUUUGGAACUGUUGGAACCAAAGCAACUGCAGCAGAGCUCUGGCAGUUCAAGUCCUAUUGUUCCCAGGGAAAAGAAGAGCAGGCAUAAAAAGAAGAAUGAAGAGAAAAGUAUGAAGAAAUACAAGAAAAAAAGUAGCAAGGAGAAGGAUUCCAGUAAGUCUCAGAAUGAUGAGAAAAAGAAAAAGAAGAAACCAAGUCGUAAAAUUUGUGAAGAUGAACAAGAACAUGAUGAAUUAGAAGAAUUUCUUAAUGGGCCAGGAUUAACACCCGUUGAUACAGCUUAUGAAGCCAUCUAGCAUAUGGUUGUGAUUAUCAGUGAAUUAAGAAAAAGGUCCACAAGGUUUGUUGAAGGCCAAGAAGUGUAGAAGAGGCUUUCAGCUAGGAACAGAACUACCGAGAAUCUUACUCUGCUGUUUCAACAUGCUUGUAACAGAAGUUCUUGUACAUACGCCUGGUACUUUGUUUUCUAAUUAUUUGUAAACAUAUAGUAUAUAAUUUUAUAAGUGCUCUAAUAUCUUUGUUGAUAUGUAACUUCCUAAUGCUGUUUUCAGUCUAAAUUUUAAAUAAUGUACAGUGCAGUUUAACUACAUAUAUAAUACAAUACUUGUUCCUUUCAGAUGAAAUUAAUUGUUAAUAACCAGUAUCGAUAAAGCAUUUUGUAACGCAGUGUUUUAAAGUAUUCUAAAUAUUUUUAUGCAUUCAAUUGUCAAUUAAUGACCACUAUGUUUCAGUGCCUCUUUCAUGAAUAUUGUUAAUGUGUUUUGCUCAUCUGAUUGGUGAAUACAUUGACAAAUGAGUAAGUUAA